GGGGCGCUGCCCCUCGGGGCGGACCCGCCGGGCCCCGCACCGCGGGCAUCGCCGGCCGCGGAGCGCGGAGCGGAGCAGAGCGGGGCGAGGUGCCCGAGGGACAUGAUGGUGCCGCCGCCCGUCCCCGCGGCGUCGGGUCCGCUGGCCGUGCUGGACCCCACAGGACAGUUUGCAAAAAGGAAGAAGACUUCGCUUUGGUUCACAGUUGCACUGCUGGUGGUGUCUGUUUUCAUACUGACCAUAGGUCUGGCAGCUACCACAAGAACAGAAAAUGUUACCGUGGGAGGCUACUACCCAGGCAUUGUUCUUGGCUUUGGAUCUUUCCUAGGGAUUGUUGGCAUCUACCUGGUAGAAAACAGAAGACAAAUAUUGGUAGCCUCCAUCGUGUUUAUCAGCUUUGGUGUGGUAGCAGCAUUCUGUUGUGCAAUAGUUGAUGGAGUGUUCGCAGCACGACACAUAGAACCCAGACCUUUGUAUAACAAAAGGUGCCAGUUUUAUUCAAGUGGAAUAGGAUUCCUAUAUGAUGCCUACCAGACAGAGGUGACAUGUCAUACCUUAAACAGCAAGUGCCAGCUGAAAGUAAAGAGUAACACAUGCUAUUGCUGUGAUCUGUACAACUGUGAGAAUUCAGACCAGUCCUCCAGCUACUAUGAAUUUCUUGGCGUCAGCAGCUGUCAGGACGUGGUUCACCUGUACAGGCUGCUGUGGUCCUCCACAGUCCUCAACAUCAUUGGCUUGUUUCUGGGCAUUAUUACAGCAGCCAUUCUUGGGGCUUUUAAAGACAUGGUACCUCUGUCCCAAAUUGCAUUCAGCGCUGCACCUCCUCCUCAGAUCCUGUACAAUCCUGCCCAGCAGAUCCUGACAUAUGCUGGGUUCUGUCCUUCUGCAGCAACUAUUUCUACAUAUCCAUCCUACCCAUUAGCUCUUCAGGCACUUAAAGUUCACUUAAAGCCUGAACCUGAGGGGACCUGAGCCCAACUCUCCAGUUGAAGCGCAUGGACUGGCAUGUGCUGGCAUAUGAGGGGAGGAGUAAAAUCCUGACCCUCUUGACAUAAGUGACAAAACUUGGUUAAAAGAAUGGUAGGAUUUUAUCCAGAACAUUAUUCCCUACAUGGAUUAUUUUAAUAAAUUCUGCUUGUUCCUGAACAUAGGCUACUUCCUAAGCUCUAUUUAUUUUUUGUGCCUCUUUUAACCAAAGCCCCAUCAUAGCUGAGACAGCCAAAGUGAAAGACCUACAGGGAGACACAUGCCUACCUGUAAAAUUUUCUUAAGAAGAAUAUGUAUUUGGCAAAGGAAUAAGACUUUGCAUUUAUGCAAGUACUACAACUGAGAUUAAUUACAUCUGAGGUAAUUUAAAUUUCACAGUGAUGCCUGGAAACAAGCAGCUACACGUAACCUAAUCAGCCGGUCAGGUGCUGUGCCUCACCCAGGAAGCCAGAGCAUCUUUUCCUCCAGAAAUUCCUGUUCUGUUCUAUUGCCCAGCUGUCUGCACAAUGUCUAUUAAAACUGACUUAGGUUACAGAAGGAAUCUGUCUUGUUUCACUAAACACCAUCAUUGCUAGACUUAAGCAGGUGUUUUAGAACUAAAGUUAAUGUUAAGCUGCAAUGCAGGAGAAAUUUAAUCAUGAAGCUCAUUAUCUAACACUAACAUGGCAAAAAAACCCAGAACUGCAAGGGGUUGUAAA